AACUAAGAAUUUUGCUGAAAUAUUAUGAAUAAAAAAUAAUUUAUCAAAAGUGGAAUCUGUUUGAGAGAAUAAAGCAUGGCAGAAGCUCAUCAAGCUGUUUCCUAUUCGAAACUGGUGAGAUCACACGGCGAUCGUCGUACGUCAGAUGGUGAUUAUGGUAGUGAUCUCACGCAAAUAAAAUCAAUAUCGUGGACACGUCGACUAAGCCAAUUGACUAGGAAAAUUCGGAAUGCUGUCUAUCCGGCUCACAUCGAAGGUAUUUGGAUAAUUUUUUUGCUGGUGACAUGUCUCCAUUUUGUGGCGGACAAAGUUCCGUUCAAUUUGGUUACCGUUGUUCUUGGUCUGCUUCAUAGAUCAUCUGGGUCAUCUCUAACUUGGCAUGUAACGGCUUGCGCUAUUACCAGCUUUUCGUUAUGGCUUGUCUUGUGUGCUGUCAUGAAAGUGACUUUGAAAAUACUCCUCACAUACCGUGGAUUCAUGUUUGAAUCGAGGGGAAAAGGAGUCAGUUUGAAAACAAAGAUCUGGGGGAUUUUGUUGGGAAGUCUCAUCAAAAUGAACAAGCCAUCUCUAUACAGCUUUCAGUCAUCUCUACCAACAUUACCACUACCAAGUCUGAAUGAUACUGUUCAGCGUUACCUUCGAUCAAUACGUCCCCUCAUUGAUGAUGCAGAUCACCAACGGAUCACUAAAGAAGCUCAAGACUUCCAGAACGGAAUCGGUAAAAAGUUGCAACGCUACCUGCUGUUGAAAAGACUAUGGGCCACAAAUUAUGUGUCUGAUUGGUGGGAACAGUACGUCUACCUCCGUGGCCGUUCUCCACUGAUGAUAAACAGUAACUACCAUUCGUACGAUGUCUUUAAAAUACCAUCCAGUGACCAGACAUCAAGGGCAGCAGGAUUAAUUUACGAAAUGUUGAAAUUUCGGGAAAAGCUUGAUAAAGAAGAUGUGACACCUAUCAUGGCUCAGGGACUUGUUCCAUUGUGCUCGAAUCAAUACAGACGUAUGUACAAUACGGUCAGAGUUCCUGGCAUAGAAUGUGACAAGAUUGAACACUACGAGGACAUUGACCAUAUUGUGGUCUUGUGCAACGGUUGUUAUUACAAAGUCACAGUCCAGCAACACGGUCGCUUGUUAAAUGCUUGCGAACUGAAACACCAGUUCGAUCAUAUUCUGAAAAUGAACGAAAUUGCGUCGAAGGGUGAAAAAUAUCUUGGAUCAUUGACCGCAUGGGAUCGGACUAACUGGGCGAUAGCAAGGGAAAAGUAUUUCUCGUCGGGGAUCAACAAAGCUUCGCUCAGAGUUGUGGAAAGCGCUGCCAUGUUACUGGUACUGCAUGAUAAGCCGUUUGAAUAUGGUUCGAAUACAAAGUCGGAAAAAAUGGCUUAUUAUGCCUCUCAAUGCAUGUACGGUUCCAUUUACGAUAGGUGGUUCGACAAAAGCUUUCAACUGAUCGUAGGAACAAAUGGACGGUAUGCCUUUAACGCAGAACAUACUUGGUCGGAUGCACCCGUUUUAGGACAUAUGGUGGAAGGCAUGCACCUCGAUGAAUUACAAAACUACGAUGCCGACGGCAAGUUGCUUGGAAAAAUAGAAAUUGUUCCGCCAACCCCAACCAGAAUUCAGUGGAGUUUCAACGGAGACCUUUUGAGGACUAUCGAUGAUGCAUACAACGAUUCACUCAAACUUGCAGCGGACGUUGAUUACAAAUUACUGUCCCACGACGCUUUCGGAAAAGGUUUCAUAAAAUCGUGCAAACUGUCUCCCGAUGCCUACAUACAGAUGGCACUACAGCUCGCUUACUACCGAGAUUACGGAAAAUUCUCACUCACCUACGAAGCGUCGAUGACCCGCUUAUAUCGAGACGGUCGAACUGAAACGGUUCGUUCAUGCACAGUAGAAUCGUCCGCUUGGGUCAAGUCAAUGGAAGAUAAAAAUUCAAAUACCCACGAACGGGUAAAACUUCUGCGCGAUGCUUGUAAGCAACAUCAGGUUGGAUACUUGGAUGCAAUGUGUGGUCGUGGCGUUGAUCGUCACUUGUUCGCAUUGUACGUGGUCUCGAAGUAUUUGGAAAUCGAUUCACCAUUUCUCAAAGAUGUUAUCAGUGAACCAUGGCGAUUGUCAACCAGUCAAACGCCACACGGACAAACGCCCAGAAUCGACCUCAAAAAGUAUCCGCAACUACUCGGUCCUGGUGGUGGCUUUGGACCAGUCGCACAAGAUGGUUACGGUGUUUCGUACAUCAUUUCCAGCGAAAAUAAUAUUUAUUUUCAUAUUUCGAGUGUUAGAAGCUGUGAUGUCACGGACAGUGAACGUUUUGCUGAUCGAAUUCUAAAAGCCAUGAACGACAUCAAAUUGUUGUUCGAAGAGUACAAUGUACUCACAGCGAAAAAUGGUGGACACAAAAGCAACGGCAGAUAGUCCAAAGUUUAGAAAUAAAAAUUCGCAAAUAAGAUUAGAAAAAGACCUCAGUCGUUUUAAAUGAUUGUCACAUCUGCCACAAUAGCAUUUUGGUAUCUCUGCGUAUGUCGUCAUGCAACACUAUUUAUAUCCUUGUAUGCUGAGGGGGAAAUUAGUGAACAGGCGUUUGCCGUACAAAGAUAC